AUGUGGGAGUGGGUCAGGAGAGCUGUGCUGCACUCGCUGGCCACGGCCCUGCUGCGCCUCUGGAAGUGGCUGCGGGUGUUCUGGUACAAGAAUGGCCUCCUGACCCUCUCCAUGCUCUCGGUGGUCACCGGAUGCCUCCUGGGGUUCCUGCUGCGGGCGCUGGAGCUGACAGACCUGGAGAAGCAGUAUUUUUCCUUUCCUGGAGAGCUCCUCAUGAGGAUGCUGAAGAUGCUGAUCCUGCCCUUGAUCACCUCCAGCCUCAUGUCUGGGCUGGCCACCAUGGACUCCAAGGCCUGUGGGAAGAUGGGGGUGAUCACCAUCACCUACUACCUUUGGACAACCUUCAUGGCAGUGACCGUGGGGAUCAUCCUCGUGGUCAGCAUCCAUCCUGGGGCAGCUGCCCAGAAGGACAACUACUCUGUGGGGAAAGUGGUGCUCAGCUCCGCCGACGCGUUACUGGAUUUAAUCAGAAACAUGUUUCCUUCUAACCUGGUUGAAGCUUCGUUCCAGCAGUACCGAACUGUUCUUGUCCCGGUGGUGAAAUCUCCUGGUUUUCCAAAGAUCCCGGGAAAACCUCUCAAUUUUAUUUACUUUGCACCUGAUGACAAAAACCCUGAAAUCCACCGGCCUGUGUUCCUUGAGCUGACACCAUCGCCUGAGAUGACCUACAGGACCCUGGCUGGGACCAGCAAUGAGAUGAAUGUCCUGGGCAUUGUCAUCUUCUCAGCAACCAUAGGACUUCUCCUGGGGAAAAUGGGCGAGCGAGGAGCCCCCCUGGUCAACGUGUGCCAGUGUCUGAACGAAGCAGUCAUGAAAAUUGUCUCGAUGGCUGUUUGGUACUUCCCCUUUGGUAUUGUAUUUCUCAUAGCUGGAAAGAUCUUGGAGAUGGAGGAUCCCUCGGUUAUUGGACAGAAGCUGGGACUGUAUGUCAUCACAGUAGUGUCAGGGCUUGCUGUGCAUGGAAUCAUCCUCUUACCUCUGCUUUUCGUGCUCAUCACCAAGAAAAACCCCUUUGCUUUCAUUCAGGGGAUACUGCAAGCCUUGCUGAUCGCCUUAGCUACAUCCUCCAGCUCAGCCACCCUGCCCAUCACCCUCAAGUGUCUCCUGGAGAACAACGGCAUCGACAGGCGCGUGGCGCGCUUCGUGCUCCCCGUGGGCGCCACCAUCAACAUGGACGGCACCGCGCUCUACGAGGCCGUCGCCGCCAUCUUCAUCGCCCAGGUCAAUGAGUAUGAGCUGGACCUGGGACAAAUUAUAACCAUCAGCAUCACAGCUUCAGCAGCCAGCAUUGGGGCUGCUGGGAUCCCACAGUCCGGGCUGGUCACCAUGGUCAUCGUGCUCACCUCCGUGGGGCUGCCCACCGAGGACAUCACCCUCAUCAUCGCCGUCGACUGGGCUCUGGACCGGCUGCGCACCAUGACCAACGUGCUGGGGGACGCGCUGGCCGCCGGCAUCAUCGCGCACGUGUGCCACAAGGACUUCGCCCCAAAGCCCCCCCCGCAAAACCCAGCGAGCAACACAGACAAGUUUCUUUCCGCAGAGACCUCACACCUGCAUCCCAAGGACAAAGGGAUUGAAAUAACCGAGGAAACGCUGUUGGAUCAGACGGGAGUUCACUAUAACAUCUGCCAGGUGUAGAUAACAGCACUCCUGCUCCCAGAAACGGCAUCUUGGUGCUAAACACUGACAUUGGGAGUGUCGCAUGUGGAUGCUCUGCAAGAUGAAGGCCUUACUUGGCACAGAAAGUGGGAAAACCCUCUCUUACCCAGCAGGCACCCAAAGAGCAUGGCUCUGCCACUGGGGCAGGGAGCCAGCUCCUCCCUGCGCCUCAGGACACAGCUGGGAGCUCGCUGCCCUGUCUAAAAUGGCUGGGUUUGAAGGAUUUAUAACUCCCAUUUUUCCAAGCUCACCCAUUUCUGAAAGCGAGGGAGGUGAGCAGGUGUCAGCAGACUGGAUUUGGUGGGAAUGCAGUAGGGAUGGGACAUAACACUGAACCCUCUGGCCAGCAGCUCUUCCCUGGAGGCCAGGCUGUGCUCCAGAAGCUUUUGUUUUCCUUAUUAUAGAGAUUAUUUUUUUAAUCAAUGCUUUUUAUUUUACUACUGGGUUCUGACAUAAAAACUGAGAUUAAGUGAUUUUUUGUCUAGAGCUCAAAAUCCAAGUUGGACAUAACUGGAUUUCGCAGCUGUUGGGUUACAGACAGGAUGGCUGAGCUGUUGCACUCUCAGGGACAGUGGGAUCCA